AUGUUUCGGGUAAGCUCCACAGAAACCAUCAAACCGUCUUCCCCAACUCCUGCCCAACUUGCCACAUUCAAGCUCUCCCUCAUGGACAACCUAGUCCCACCACUUUAUGUACCUUUCAUCUUCUUCUUUUAUCCUGCUCCCGCCUCCACGGGAUCAAAACCAGGGGAGAGAGAGACAAUAUUCGACACCCUCAGGUCUUCACUCGCCCAGACCCUCACGCGCUUCUACCCACUCGCCGGCAGGUACGUCAAUGAAGCCGGUUCGGUUCCCGCCGUCCAUUGCAACGACGAGGGCGUGCCGUUUACUUCCGCCACGGUCGAUGGCGACAUUAACGGUUCGUCCCUGGCUGAGUUUCUCAGGAGACGAGUCGAAAUCGACUCGCUCACGCAAUUCCUCCCUUUCCCUGCCGAUUUCGUCUCGGACCUCGAAUCGGCGCCGCAGAUCGGCUUCAGGGCUACCGCUUUCCCCUGUGGCGGGCUCGCCAUCGGGGUUUGCUUUUUGCACAAGAUCAUCGACGCCGCCACUCUGGCCGAUUUUAUGAAACUCUGGUCCGCCGUCGCCAGGAGCGAGGAGAAAACGGCGUCAGCAGCAGUAGGCGGCGGCGCGUACGCUCACAAUCUCGCCGGCACGUCGCUCCUUCCGCUCCGACACGACGAUGUCCCCGCAGCGGCAGAGGAUUUUGCGGGCAAAAAAGGGAAGAUGCUGACGAGGAGACUCGCGUUCAACGAAGAAGCGAUUCAUGCGCUGAAAGCCAAAGCGAAGAGCGAUCGGAUACCCAACCCGAGCCGGACCGAGGCGGUUGGUGGAUUUUUGUGGAAGCACGUGAUGAGUGCAGCCGCCAGAUCAGCAGCAUCACCCGACGCCAGAUCCGUUGUCUCAAUUGCAGGAAAGUUACAAGGCAAAGAUGGGAGACAAGAAUAUAUGAGGAAUCUAGAAGGAUUAUGGAAGCCGGAGAUCACGAUAGGUGCUGUUAAAAAUGAGUGUAUAAUAGUGCCACUUACGAUAUCUUCCACGAUCGGAAUGAGAUUGUACGAUGUUGAUUUUGGAUGGGGAAAGCCUGCUUGGGUCACCAUGGCUCGGUUCCGUGAUCCAAUCUCAAAUGCGGCCAUGUUGCUACAAUCCCCAGUUGGAUAUGGUGUUGAAGUUUGGCUCACCUUGCCUGAAAAAGAAAUGGACAUACUGGAACAAGAAGCUGAGUUCCUUACUUAUGCUAAGAAUAAUAUCUCCGUACUUUGA